GAAACCAUAAUAUAUUAUAGUAACCAAGUACAAACAAGUCUCUUCCCUAUGCGUGAAGUGUGUACAAUGUACAUCAAUACCAUACCUAUUGUUCUGUGCCAAUACCACUACUACUAGUCUGUAUGAAAACUAUUUUCAUAAUUAAUAUGAUAGUCUUAUUAUAGUCAUAAAAAUCAUAACUCAUAUUCUGUGUUUGUACUACUAUUAUAUAUUUUAAUUAGUGUUCUGUACGACUGUACCCCCGAUGUAGAUACAAUUUUUUCUAUAUCGUGUCUGUAUUCUGUACCAAUGUAUGGCAAAGAUUCAAGGAGUGCGGACCAAGUACGAAUUAUACCAAUUCAAGAUGAGCAACCAAACAAGUACAACUGAGUCAACAUUUAAAAUGCCUAUGGCACCUCCAGUUUAUCCUUCUCAAUCUGAAACAUUACUUUUUCAAGACAUUAUAGAAGAGAAAACUAUUGCACUUCAUAAUAUAUUGAAUGAAUUUUUGAAAGUGCAUCCUUAUCGUAAAUUUGAUAUUGAAUUUAAUAUGUUUUUAAAACGUGUAAAACACAUUAUCAUUGAUGGCCAUCGUGCUGGUGCUAAUGUCUCUCGGAUUACUAAUUCAUCACAUAUCGCUCCACUUUACUCUAGGCCAUCAGCAAGUUUCAAUUACAGGCCAUCUACAAGUUAUAACUAUAGACCACCAACCACUAUGUCAAUGGUUAGUUCUAGUGACCAUAGCAUGUUAAGAUUACCAGUAAAUAAUUUUCAAUCCAUUCAAUCUAGCGAAUUUUCAAAUCCAUUUAAACCACCAGAUUGUCUUCAACCUAAAGUGAUACCAUUCGUAUUAUCUCGUAUUGAACAGUCAAACUGUAUUUCUCACGAGUCACCUUCCACAAGUUCCACAGUUAUGACAGUAAGCCAAAAUCAUAAUGUGACUGUUGAAGAAAAUAAUACUCAUGAAAUUUCUCAGCAAUCUAAAUCUCUAUCAACAAAUCAACCAACUGCACGUAAUACAUAUUCUGAUGUAACAUUUGAAGAGAAUAAAUCAGUAUCUGAAUCACAUAAAAAUGAAAACAUAAAUUAUGAUAAUAAUUCAAUUGAAUCACUUCUUGAAGAUGUUGGAUUAACAGAAAAUAAAAAUGAGACCUCAAAAAAGAGUAAUGCAAGUCAACAUCAUAACAAUGAAUUAAAUGUAUCAGAAAAUGUUGAAAAAUUCUUAUCUAUGUGGUCUUUAAAUAUGAAACUAAUCAAAUCAUCAGAACAAUCAUCUAAAUAUGUUUUAAUCUUAACUGGAAAUUUGUUGGGAGAAGAUAAGCAGACAGUUGUUGAAAAGCGUCAUGAAGCUGGCAUUUUCGAAGGCAGAAAAGAAAAUAGUUUAGUUAAAACGAAAAAUGGACUAUACCGUUUGGUUGGCAAUAUAAUCGGUGGAUCACCUAACAAACUAUAUCAAACAUGUGUAUCUGUCAAUGGCAUUCCAAGAACAUGGAGAAAAAUUGUGACAGAACUAACUGAGGUUGAAAAUAAAACAAAACAUAUGUUUGAUUUUUCAAUAAGUUCCCCUGCAGGACCAAUAAAAUCUGCUGUGAAUCUUGAUACAAGUAUGACCAGAAAAGGAACAACUUACAGUAAAAAUAUGACGCUUGCAAAUCACAAAACAAAUUUAAAAAGAAAAUCGUCUGAAUAUGGUGAAACUGAACAUAAUAAAAUCAAACAUCGUAGAUUCUGUGAACAAACGCCAUUAUUACUAGCAUCCACACCAAAAAAACCAAAAAAACAGCCCACUAUGUUUGAAACUCCAAGUCAAAUUUUGAAAAAAAAGAUAAGUCAGAAUCUAAGCAAUAAUCCAAACAAACGACAAAAGCUGGAUAGUGUUAACGAUUCUAUAAAUAUAAACAAAAGAAGACAAUCUCAAUUGAAAGAACAGACAAACAUAUUUUUGAAGCCAAAAACACCUGAAAAAACAUCUAUAAGUAAUAUUAAUAAUACAAAACAUACCAAUCAAACAUCAAUAAAUAAAUCAAAAAUGUUGUACAGUUGUAACAGUAGUGCUGCAAAAUCAAAAAAUAAUACACUAGAAAACUCAUCUGUAACCAAAAACCAUACCAAGCAACAAUUUAAAAUGAAAACAACUAUAAACUCCAUCAAUAGCAGUAUAGACAAAUCUAAACUUAAAACGAGUUUACUUUCCAAAUCUAAAGAAAAUGAAAAAACCAUAAAGCACACAACACCACAAAUACUUAAAAAUAAAACAGCUAUAAAACAUGUAAGCAUUGUGAAAGAAAUUAAAAAAAAAAAUAUUUCACCGUCAGCAAUUGCUCUCAGUAAAAUUAAUAACAAAUGUGUUAAGGCAAUCAGAUCUAAGACAAACAAAUGGGAUGACAGUUUGAAUGGUGAUACACAUAAAAAGUUGAAAAGAGAUAAAUCUAAAACCAAACAUAUGAAUUGCAACAGAUUAUCAACAGAAUUGGACCUUUUUGAUUGUGUAGACCAUGCUGAUUAUGGUAAUGUCAGUGAUUAUAAUGUUAUGGCAUCUCCAGGGAAAUUAAGUGUAGCAUCAGGUAAUGACCAAUCCAGGAGUGUAACACCUCCAUUGUUCAGUUAUCAAUUGAACUCAACCACCAAACCUUCAGCUAUUAGUGAACCACCCACCCCACUGAGUAAAUCAAUUGAGGCCAAAGCAUUGAAGCGAGUCAAAGCUCCCAAAAUUACACUGGAAGAUGAAAUGAAAUACAACAAAAAACUAAAUACCAAACGAUCCAUUGAUUUCAAAACAGCCUCAAAUAAAAUAAACAAAAUGUUGGAAUUUGGAAAUGACGAAGAUGAAGAAGAUUAACCAUUUUUUUUUUUUUUGUACUUUUGAUGAAAUUUUUUUUUUAAUAACUGAUUUUUGCAAUCAUUUAACAUAAUUUAUGAUCAAUUCAACUUAUUAUUAAUUACAUCCAUUGUCUUUUUAAGAAUUGCUAAUUUAUAAAUAUUUAAAUAAUAAUGUCUCGAAAAAGUAAAGCUUCACAUUGAGAAGGAUAAACUGAAGGUGCCCUAGGCAUUUUAAAUGUUGUAUCAGUUGUACUUGUUUGGUUGCUCGUCUUGAAUUAAUAGAACUAAAAAAAUAAAAACCGUUAAUACAUAAACGAAUGAAGAAUGAAAAUUAUAUUUUUUACUACUUUA